AUGGUGCUUGGUAAAUCCUUCAUGAAGGCUGCCGCCUUGGUGGCAAGUCUGGCUAUUACAUCGGAUGCUCUUGCUGUCAGGAAGCCCAAUCUCAAUGAUCUUAUCAAACCAUACAAGAGAGAGUUGCUCCAGGAUCUUGUCACCUGGGAUGAACACUCCCUGUUUGUACGUGGCGAAAGAAUUAUGAUCUACUCAGGAGAGUUCCACCCAUUCAGAUUGCCAGUGCCCAGCUUAUGGCUAGAUGUCUUCCAGAAGAUCAAGGCAUUGGGAUACAACGCAGUCUCAUUCUACUCUGAUUGGGCUCUUCUUGAAGGAAAGCAAGGUGACUUUACUGCUGAAGGUGUCUUUGCUUGGGAGCCCUUCUUCGAAGCUGCCCAGGAGGCGGGCGUAUACCUGAUUGCUAGACCUGGUCCAUACAUCAAUGCGGAGGCGUCUGGUGGUGGUUUCCCUGGGUGGUUGUCGAGAUCACCAGGCAUUCUAAGGACAAGAGAUCCACGUUUCCUCAACGCAACCGACAACUACUCCCGCCGAAUGGGUGAAAUCAUUGCAAAGGCCCAGAUCACCGAAGGAGGACCAGUCAUCCUCUACCAGCCGGAAAAUGAGUACUCACAAGCCGUACCGAGCGAUACAGACUUCCCUGACCAAUACAUCGGAGACUCCGAUCUUGGGCACUUGCUAAAAGAUCUUAGGNUAUACAUGGCGGCUGUUGAACAGAAGUUCAGAGAUGCCGGCAUCGUCGUACCAUCAAUUCUUAACGAUGCCUAUCCACAUGGGUACUUCACCCCAGGAAGCGGACCUGGAGCAGUCGAUAUAUAUGGGUUUGAUGGUUAUCCUCUUGGCUUUGACUGUGCCAACCCAACCACCUGGCCUGACAACGACCUUCCUACAUACUAUGGCAAUCUCCACGUUCAGCAGAGCCCUUCGACUCCCGACUCAAUCGUAGAGUUUCAAGGAGGCUCGUUUGAUCCAUGGGGCGGGCUUGGGUUUGCCCAAUGUGCUGAACUACUCAACUCUGAAUUCCAAAGAGUCUUCUACAAGAACGAUUUCUCCUUUGGAGUCACCAUCUUUAACAUCUACAUGACAUACGGAGGCACCAACUGGGGAAACCUAGGGCACCCUGGUGGUUAUACUUCGUAUGAUUAUGGAGCUGUCAUUACCGAGGAUCGUCUUGUGACUCGCGAAAAGUACAGCGAAGCCAAGCUUGAAGCCAACUUCCUGCAGGCUUCCCCAGCAUACCUGACUGCAAUCCCUCAAAACAACACUCAUGCCAACGGAAGUUACACCAACAAUGCCGACAUCGCUGUUACUGCUCUGCUAGGUAACAGGACCAACUUCUUCGUCAUCAGGCAUGCAGCAUACAAUUCUCGUGCUUCGACUCAGUUCAAGUUGAACCUUCCUACUAGUCAAGGAGAUAUCACCAUUCCCCAACUCAACGGCUCUUUGGUCUUGAACGGACGUGACUCCAAGUUCGCGGUCACUGACUAUGAUGCGGCCGGAACCAACCUACUCUACUCAUCUGCCGAAAUCUUUACACAGAAGUCUUAUGAUGACAAGCAAGUUCUGGUUGUGUACGCAGGUCCUAAUGAAAACCACGAGCUUGCUUUGACUCUGUCUUGCAGCAGUGAGGUUGUAGAAGGAUCUGGUGUCAACAUCGUAAAGAAGAAGGGUACUACUAUCAUCGGCUUUCAGAGUAGCCCUGAGAGGAGAAUCGUCAAGAUCGGCGAGCUCUACAUCUACAUUUUGGACCGAAAUGAUGCUUACAACUACUGGGUUCUUGAUCUGCCCUCGAGCCCUGUUUCCGGUAACUACACUAAUGGGACUCUGGAGAAUUCCGCCGCUAUCGUCAAGGCCGGUUAUCUCCUCCGCACUGUUGAAGUCAAGGACAACACUCUGCAUCUCACUGGUGAUAUUAAUGCCACCACUGACAUCGAGAUCGUUGGUGGCGCGCCAGCGAAGCUUACCGAGCUCACAUUCAAUGGUGAGAGUGUCAAAUUCGCUCAGGACAGCUGCUCCGGCGUAGUGACGGGCUCUGUUGCCUAUAAGGUACCAUCGUUCUCUGUUCCUGAUCUGUCUACGGUGGGUUGGAAGGUAUUGAACUCUCUACCCGAGAUCACACCUGGAUAUGACGACAGUCUCUGGACCAAUGCCGACCUUACCUACAGCAACAACACCCAGCGCAAUCUGACCACACCUGUGUCACUGUAUGGGCAAGACUACGGUUACAAUGCUGGUAGUCUACUCUUCCGCGGCCAUUUCACUGCAACAGGUAAUGAGAGCUCAAUCUACCUACAAACUCAGGGUGGCUCAGCCUUUGGCAUGUCUGCUUGGUUGAAUGGUACUUUCCUUGGCUCAGCACCUGGUAUUGAUGCUGCUUCAAAUGCUAAUUCAACCUUCAACUUGCCCAACGUUGCUUCAGGCAGCUCGUACGUCCUGACUGUUCUCAUCGACCAUAUGGGACUUCAGGAGAACGGCCAAGGAGGCUCCAGUGAGAUGAAGACACCUCGCGGUAUUCUCAACUACUCCCUUAGUGGUCGCAACGCUUCUGCGAUCUCUUGGAAGUUGACUGGUAAUCUCGGCGGAGAGGACUACCGAGACCGCACCAGAGGUCCUCUGAACGAAGGAAGUCUCUAUGCCGAAAGACAGGGUUACCAUCUUCCAGGAGCACCUACUUCCAACUGGGCCAACAGCACUCUUGGGCCUAUGGCUGGUGUCACCUCUCCUGGUGUUUCGUUCUACUCCACGACCUUCGAUCUAGACAUGCCUGCUGGUUACGACAUCCCCAUUGCCAUUUCAUUCACCAAUGCCACAUCAAGCAGCAACGGAUCAGCUCCUGCUGUAUACCGCAGUCAGAUCUUUGUCAACGGCUACCAAUUUGGCAAGUACGUUUCAAACAUUGGCCCACAAGAUGUGUUCCCAGUGCCACAAGGUAUCUUCGACUACAAUGGUCCCAACUACCUUGCCGUCACGCUGUGGGCCCUGGAGGAGGGUGGUGCAAAGAUCUCCAACUUGAGUCUGGUCGCCGGUCCUGUCAUUCAGAGUGGUUACGGACCCAUUACUCUGAGCCCCAUGACUGGAUGGUCGAAGAGAGAGGGAGCUUACUAA